GCGUCCCCGCGAUUGUUUGAGAAACUCUCUUGUUGAGCCAGUGUUUUUAACACGGUAGUACCCCAGUGCAUUUUGAUUACAAAUUUUGAAUCAAAAAGCCGGUAUGGGUGAUUAUCAAGUAGCAGGUGUUCAACAAGAUGCUCUCGGAGCUGUGCAACUAGAAAUCGGAGGGAAUCCCAACACCCUAGCUUUACGUCGGCCUUUCGACCCUUUAGCCCAUGACUUGGAAGCAAGUUUCAGAUUGACCCGUUUCGCCGAUUUGAAAGGCCGCGGAUGUAAAGUGCCCCAGGAAGUGCUCAACAAACUUGUAGAGGGGCUCCAGCAGGAUUACAAUUCAGCUGAACAUGAACAUGCUCAUUUUAUGCAUAUGGCCAUUCCACGGAUCGGAAUCGGCCUUGAUUGCUCGGUCACCCCGCUGCGCCACGGCGGCCUCUGCCUGGUCCAGACCACCGACUUCUUCUAUCCGCUCGUCGACGAUCCGUACAUGAUGGGCAAGAUCGCGUGCGCGAACGUGCUCAGCGACCUCUACGCCAUGGGCGUGACCGAGUGCGACAACAUGCUCAUGCUGUUGGGCGUCAGCACCAAGAUGACGGAGAAGGAGCGCGACGUCGUCAUACCGCUGAUCAUGCGCGGAUUCAAGGAUUCGGCGUUGGAGGCGGGCACGACGGUGACAGGCGGCCAGACGGUCGUUAACCCGUGGUGCACGAUAGGAGGGGUGGCGACGACCGUGUGCCAGCCCAACGAGUACAUAGUGCCGGACAAUGCGGUGGUGGGGGACGUGCUGGUGCUGACGAAGCCGCUAGGGACGCAGGUAGCCGUGAACGCCCACCAAUGGCUCGACCAACCGGAGCGCUGGAACCGCAUCAAGCUCGUAGUCAGCGAGGAGGACGUCCGCAAGGCGUACCACCGCGCCAUGGACUCGAUGGCGCGCCUCAACCGCAUCGCCAGCCGGCUGAUGCACAAAUACAACGCGCACGGCGCCACCGACAUCACCGGCUUCGGGCUGCUCGGGCACGCGCAGACGCUCUCCUCGCACCAGAAGAACGAGGUGUCGUUCGUCAUCCACAAUCUGCCGGUGAUCGCCAAGAUGGCGGCGGUGGCGAAGGCGUGCGGCAACAUGUUCCAGCUGCUGCAGGGCCACUCGGCGGAGACGUCGGGCGGACUGUUGAUUUGCUUGCCGCGCGAGCAGGCGGCGGCGUACUGCAAGGAUAUCGAGAAGCAAGAGGGGUACCAAGCUUGGAUCAUCGGGAUCGUUGAAAAAGGCAACAGGACAGCUCGCAUAAUCGAUAAGCCACGAGUCAUUGAAGUGCCAGCAAAGGAAUAAAUAUCAGAGUUAUAUUCUAUGAGUGUAACGUAACUUUGACAUAAACAGGCAGUUGAGAGUCCCAAUUUAAAAUUCCCCCACAGCUUAUAGGAUUAUUUUCUAAUUCCGAAACAUGUCGUGUUUUUGUUUCAAAUGUUAUCAGUUCCAUUAGACAUUCUCCAAGUUCUGAGAGUGGUAUCUUGUGUAUUAAGAUUUUUUUUAAUUGUGAAAAUAUCUAUGUUUAGAUAAGUUUUGUUCUGCAGUUUAUAUUUUAGUAAGUAGAAGAGAUGUUUGACGGUAUUUUGUAUAAUAAUUUUCCAAUAUAAUUAAUUAAGAAUGAGUUUGUGUUUCUCAUGAACAGGAGGAAAUUAUAACAUGAAAAAUAGAAACUGAACAACUGGAAAUUUCUUGAGCCAAUUUGAAUUAACCAGUUUUUUUUCCUCCCUCAUGACAAUUUGAAUUUAUGAAAUUUCACGAGCAUAAAUUCUGAAACAACAAAAUGUAUGGAGGUUACUGGAAUUCGAAAUAUUUUUUUUUUCAUGUUGACAUGUAAUUCGACACUUUUUAAAACUGAUAGAAGUUUUGAAACAUCUUUACAUAACAUGAUUAAAUCUUCAUUUUAACACCAGUUAUGUAAUAAAAAUAUGGAUGGAUGAAGAAAA